GGCGCCGCGGGCGAGGGCGAGGCCGGCGCCGGGGCCGGGCAGCCGCUGCGCGUCAAUGUGCUGCUCAGCAGCCUGCUGGCCAAGUGGUUCCCGGGCCAGGCGCGGGCGUCGCAGCUGCGGCACGAAGGCAACGUCCUGUACCGGGAGCGGAAGCCGCAGGCGGCGCUGCACAAGUACAACGAGGCCGUCAGCUUGGCUCCAAAUGACUACUUAUUAUAUAGCAACCGGUCCCAGAUCAACUCUACGUUGAAAGCCUGCGAAGAUGCACUGCGUGAUGCAGAAAUGGCAUGUAGGCUCCAGCCAUAUUGGUUGAAGGGUCGCUUAAGGAAAGGACAAGCAUUAGCUAACCUAGGAAAAAUAGAAGAAGCUUUAAGAGAGUUUCUCUUCUGCCUUGCCCUGGAUAUUGGGAACAAGACAGCCAAGUCAGAGGCUCAGAAGCUUCUACUUAGUUUAUUUUCACCCAUCCCGGGAAAUGCUCAGGAGCACUUACCCGAUAUCCUGCAGCUGUUGUCACCUCACUCUAGAUUAAAGGGGAGCCUUCUAAAUUCAGUGGGAUCUGGAGGCACCAGCCAUAACCUACAAAGGUUGCUCAAGGUAAAUGUGGAACACAAAAAGAGUUUUCCUGCUCACGAGGAGCAAAAUGUGACUAGUUUGAGAAAAUCAGUGCAAGUGACGGAGAUUAAAAGAGACUGCUCAGAAGCUGAGAACACGCACGCCUCCGUCCCGGAGUCUGCCUUUCUCAUUUCUGAGAAAUGCAACCUUUUGAAAAGGAAGUGCUGCUCUGAAGACAUGAGAAGUGCUGAGGUGCCCUGCAAGCGCACAAAGAAAGGCACAAUAGAUGCCAGGGGAUCUAAUGCUGGGCACCACAUUUCAUUUGAAUUUGUGGAUCCAUCUGACCUGGACUGCUCUUUGUGCAUGAGGCUUUUCUAUGAACCUGUCACCACGCCCUGUGGACAUACCUUCUGCCUGAAAUGUCUUGAAAGAUGCCUAGAUCACAACCCAAAAUGCCCCCUGUGCAAAGAAGGCCUUUCUGAGUGUUUGGCUAUGAGGAAAUACUGUAAGACGGUACUGAUGGAGGAGUUGAUUGCUAAGUAUCUUCCAGAGGAACUCACUGAAAGAAGAAAAGUUUAUGAAGAGGAAAUUGCAGAGCUUUCCAAUUUAAAUAAGAAUGUUCCUAUAUUUGUCUGCACAAUGGCCUAUCCUACCGUCCCGUGCCCUCUGCACAUCUUUGAGCCCUGUUAUAGACUAAUGAUUCGAAGGUGCAUGGAAACUGGCACCAAACAGUUUGGCAUGUGCAUCGGGGAUCCUGUCAAGGGCUUUGCAGAUUACGGCUGUAUUCUGGAGAUAAGAAGCGUUGAAUUCUUCGCUGAUGGACGCUCUGUUGUAGACAGCAUUGGCAAGAGAAGGUUUAAGGUGAUACAGCACAGCCAGCGUGACGGAUAUAAUACAGCAGAUAUUGAGUACAUUGAGGAUCAAAAGGUGCAAGGACAGGAGUAUGCUGAAUUACUUGUUUUACAUGAUUCUGUGUACGAGCAGGCACACACGUGGUUUAACUCGCUCAAGCAAGCACUCAAGAGUCGAAUACUCAGUCAUUUUGGUCCAAUGCCAGCUAAGGAUCCUGAUCCACAGGCUAACCCUAAUGGCCCUGCCUGGUGCUGGUGGGUCCUUGCUGUCCUUCCACUUGAGAACAGAGCUCAGCUUCCAUUCCUUGCCAUGAAAUCCCUAAAAGACCGCUUGAAUGGCAUCAGACGUGUCCUUAUGUUCAUGUCUCGUACGAGAUCACGGUGAUGCCAAGAGAGCUGUGAAACCUCUUGCAAUACUUGACUUGACUGUGGAGUGUUUCUUGUAUCUAUAUCUAACUGCAAUAAUGUCUUACAGAUUCACCUGUCAAAGCAGGAUACAUUUUCAUGCCUGAAUUUCAAAGGAAAUAAAAUAUAAAGAGCAAAGGAUACUUAUGGAUGCUUCGCUAGUUUCCAUUUUGAACUCUUAACUUUCUUGAGAUUAUUCAGUUAUUGUACUGCUAAAUUAAUAACAUAAAUGUUAUAUAGCAGAACAAAAAGUGAUCUUGUUUGCCAUAAACCUUUCAAAAGUUUAAGAGUGUUUUGUAGUAGAUAAACAAAAUCUGUGCAGUUUAAUGUGAAGCAGAAAUAAUAAUGUUAAUGCAUUAUUUCAGUGAACUGCAAAGUCUUUUAUUCCAAAUGGUUCAGGUUUUAUAUAGCAUUAUGUAUAAUAAUGUUCACAACUUCUGUUUGAUAAUUUAUUUUUGCACUAUGAUGUCUUUUUUGGUUUUCAAAUGUAUAUUGCAAUUAUUUAUGUGUACAUUCUCUGAACAGAAAGUGAGCUGCUCUAUUUAUUUACAAUGUCCUACCCUGUAUGUAUGACUAAAGAAAAAAAUGAUUCUAGGAAUACACAAGCUACUGCUUCUA